AACUCGUCCAUUUUUAGAACAAAUUGUUUUUGACACCAUCAUGUCGAAUUUAUUUAAAAACUUAUUGAGUAAAGCUCACACGAUUAAAAACGGGAUAAAUGCGCUUUCAAGUUUUAGAGGGAAUGGAGUUUUAUUGAAUAAAGUUGGUUCAGGUUUGAAUGGGUUUAAUUAUAAACAUUCGGUUGCUUAUGAGGUUAAGAAUCCUAAGGAGAAAGAAAUUUUAUCAAAAGAAAUAAUUAAUAAAGUUAAUGAACAAGUUGCUAAUAAUAACGAAGGAAGACUUUUCGCUAUAAUACACGUUGCGGGAAAACAAUUUAAAAUCACUGAAGGUGAUGUGAUUGUCGUCGAAGGUUAUUGGCCCCCAGAUAUUGGUGAUAAAUUAAAUUUUGAAAAAAUUAUGAUUGCUGCUGGAUCAGAUUUUUCGUUAAUUGGAACUCCAUUAAUAGAAAGGGGGUUAAUGAAAGUUACAGGGACCGUUAUUGAAAAAACUUUAUCUCAUACAAAGACGCAUUUUAGGAAGAAAAGAAGGAAACAAUAUAAACGGAUAAAUUUUUAUAGAGUACAACAAACCAUGGUUAGAAUAAACGACGUAAAAAUAGUUGGUACAUUAAAUAAUCCACCUGAAGUAGUUCAAGGACCAGUAACUACAAUGUAAUUAUAAAUAUAUGUUUUGAUUAUUAAAUAAAUAAUGAGAAAUUUUAA